AUGACGCCCACCCAACGAUACGCCGACUACCCCCGGGCCCAGGAGGCGUCCCACAUCAGCUACAAGGUCGAGGAGGACAAGAACCCUGCCCUUCGCGGCCUGCCCCUGGCCAUAGGGGCUGCGAUUGUCACGAGGAGCCAGGCCAUCCAGAGGUUCCUGUACGGCAAUGCUGGCUUCAGCAAGCUGAACAGUCUCGAAGGUCUGAGCACGCAUCGGUGGAGGUUUGAUCCGACCGUCGUACCGCUGGCCGAACCCGGCACGGCGCCGGCACCGCCCACGUUCGAGGAGGAGCUGCUCCGGCCGCAGGACGCCGGGCGGCCGGGGAGCUGGGCGUCGUUCGCCGACUACCACGCGCUGUACAAGACGGGCAAGGUGACGCCGCUGCAGGUGGUGGAGGCGCUGCUGCCGGUGAUCGACCGGACGGCGGCCAAGCCGACCGAGUACUCGACGGCGUGGCUGGACAUCCACACGGACGAGGUGCUGGCGGCGGCGCGGGCGUCGACGGGGCGGUGGGCGGCGGGGAAGCCUCUGGGCGUGCUGGACGGGGUGCCCUUCGGCGUCAAGGCCGACUGCGAUGUCAAGGGCUACGUCAACACGAUGGGCAUGGCGGUGCGCAAGGACUACGACUACUUCAACAAGCCGGCGGCCGAGUCCAUCUGGCCGGUGCGCAAGCUCGAGGAGGCCGGCGCCGUCAUGGUCGGCAAGAUGAACCAGCACGAGAUCGGCAUGGACACCACGGGCUGCAACGCCGCCACGGGGACCCCGACCAACUGGUACAACAAGGCCUACUACCCGGGCGGCUCCUCCUCGGGCGCCGGGUCCUCGCUGGGCGCGGGAGUCGUGCCCCUGUGCAUCGGCACCGACGCGGGGGGGUCCAUCCGCAUCCCGCCCGCCGUCGCGGGCCAGUACUCGCUCAAGACGUCCCACAGCCGCACCACCGUCAUGAACAGCAGCAUGUGCAUCGUCGGCCCCAUGGCCUCCAACGUCGCCGACCUGACCAUCGCCUACCGCGUCAUCGCCCAGCCCGACCCGUCCGACCCCGUCCGGUCGCUGUUCGCGCCCUCUCGCCGGCCCCAGCCGGGAGACAAGAAGCUCCUCGGCCUCUGCCACCCGUGGAUCGCCCGCGCCACGCCCGCCGUCCGCGAGCACUUUGACCGCGCAGUAGAGUACUACACCAAGACGCUCGGCUACGAGACGGUCGACAUCGACCUCCCGCUCCUGCGCGAGGGCCUGGUCGCCCACGGCGCGACCUGCCUCGCCGAGGCGGCCGACCACGCCAAAGACCGCGUCCCCGCCGGCAACGCAAAGGGCCAGCACUGGUCCGACCUCCUCUACCCCGCGAACCAGGUCAUGACGGCGGUGGGGUCGCAGACGACGGCCAACGACUACAUGAAGUUCGCGCAGGUGCGCGCGACAAUCAUGUCGCACCUCGCCUUCCUCUUCGAGACCCACGGGCCCGGUCUGCUGAUCGCCAGCCCCAUGAUGCCCGACGUCGGGUACGCCGCCACCCCGGGGGACGAGCGCUACGGCUUCACGGACGGGAACCGCGCCCUCCGGAGCAUGACGUACGCGUGGCUCGCCAACACGAGCGGGUGCCCGGCCGCAACGGUCCCCGUGGGCUACGCGGACGCCGACAAGGGGGCCGGGAAGCUGCCCGUCGGCAUGCUCGCCAUGGGCAUGUGGGGCGAGGAGGAGAGGCUGCUGUCCUGGGUCGCCGACGGCGAGAGGUACAUCCGGGACGUCCACCCGGGCGGCCGGCUGCGGCCCGAGGGGUGGCUCGACGUCAUCGGCCUCGCGCGGGAUGGCAAGGCCGAGGGGGCUGCGGUCCCGAGCAGCUGA